GGAGCAAGAGGAAAAACGGAGGGAUGGCGAAUACGCGGGGAGUUUUUUUUUUCUCUUUGCCCUCCGGCUCCCAAUGGGCGUUUGCGGAAUGUUCACUGCAAAACCGUCAGCCGCCCCAGAAGCGAGUACUACUGUAAUAACAGCGGUGCCCAACCUUUUCCGACUUGGCGGAUCGGCGGCGACAGCAGCGGCGGGGUGGGGCGGAGAGAUGAGAGAGGGGAUGGUUCUGCAAAGGCAGCGGUCGAGCGCGCUCGCAGCUCUUAUUUGCGCAAAUGGACCGCGGUUCAGAACGGAGCGCGGUCCCGCCGGGACCCCUGAUUUAUGUUAACGAUAAGUGACUGGUAUGUUUUGUGUUAAGUCACAGUAAAUUGGCCUUAUGGGUAUUUUGACAAGAUAAGUUUCUAUUCUCUAGUCCCAGAAAUAAAUGACUUUGAUAAACGUUCAAAGAGAACCAAGUUUUUUUUAAAAAGGGAGGGGCCAAACAUUUGAGCACGGAUUCCAAAUCACCACGAAUAUUUCCAAGGUUUAUUUAUUUACUAACAUAAAUAAAAUUUCGGGAGGCUUUCAAGAAAAAAGAUCUUUUCCAGACGGCAUUGGUGGCUCUUCACUGGCAAUUCAGACGGGGGAAAAAACGAUUUCCGAACUUAUUUCAGGAUGAAGCUGGAGCAGAAGGCGGACUUAAGCAGAAUAAACAACCGAAAGAAGAGUGUUUAUAUGGAGAUUCUCAAGUCAUCUAAGUCGUGGUUGUCCCAAAGGUGCUUUUUCUAGAGGCAACUGGACUUUGUUUUUUUCUUUGAAGACAUUCUCAUCCAGGAAGCUUCUUCAGCUCUUGAAUGGAUGGUGGGGAAUGGUGGGAUCCAGUCAGAGCUGGAGAAGCUUCUUGGAUAAGAAGCAAAACGUCUUCAGAGAAAAAACCAGAAAGUCCAGUUGCCUCUUGAAAAAACACAAUUGGAACAACCGAAACAAGACAAGUCAUUUUCUCGAGAGAGAGAGAGACGGUUUUAAAUUGAGCGCUCGCUUUGUUACUGAUGCAUUACAUGAUGAGUUCGGCAGUAUUGAAGUGGGAAAAAGGCAUGAAACCAGGAUGGCAAAAAACAAAACCAAACAUCUCAAGCUAUUGGUCGAAUCUUUGUUCAGAGCCGCUUGGCGAUUGGAGGAAAAAAAAAUGUUACGUGACAACUGGCUGCGGUUUUGUUUUUUUUUGUCAAUCUCCCCUGAUUGGCGGAGGCUGCUUGUUUGAAUUCUCGAACGGCGGUUGCGAAUCCGAUUUUUUUGCGGGGGGAGGGGGAAGGAAUUUGUGAAUUCAUUUCGGACGGGCGAAGAGCCUUCUGGUUGUCAACGGGACACGUUGACGACGGUCGUUUCCCCCGUAUGGACGAAAGAAGGCAGGCUGUGGGACCAGCCGGGCUUCAGGAACCGUGUCCUCCGGAGCGGAGCAAGCGCAGCGCUGCCUCCCCAGGCUGCGAGGAUGGAAACGACGCCGUGCUAUUACUCGGCCACUUCUCCCGGCCUCCCUUCCUCAGUUUCGGCUCUGUCCGCGUCGGUACUUCGUGCGUUCGCCGCCUGGCCGUGGAGAACCCCAACGCAGAGGCUAUCCACGGGGCCGUCUACCGCCCGCCGCCCGCCUCCAAAGGCUUCACGGUGCAGCAGGACGGUUUCCUCCUUCAGCCUGGAGAGAGGAUCUCUAUAUUAAUAACAUGGACACCACUAGAAGGCGGCAAAGUUCGAGAGCUCAUAACUUUUAUUGUAAAUGAUGUUGUAAAACAUCAAGCAGUUUUGCUGGGGAAUGCUGAGCAACCUAUAAAGAAAAAGAAAAAUCUUUGGGAUACUAUUAAAAGAAGAACACCUGCACAGCAAUCACGAAAAAGAGUGCCAGUCAUUAAAAAUAUAAAUAAAACAUUUCAGAUGUCUGAAAAAAUAGAGAAAAAUAGAAGCCCUCUUCAGUCUUGUGAGAAUCUGGAAGUGAAUUCAAACAGAAUUUCACCUAAUGGAAAUUCCUUAAUCAUUUCCGAACAUAACCUAUCUCUUUCCCCUAUUAGUCCCAUCAGUCAGAAAAACCAACAUGUCAUUUAUACUCCCCUAUCAACUACAUAUUCUGUUCCAGAAGCACCAGCAUGUCUUAAGUUAUUAAAUAAUGUAACAGAAACCCCUACUGUUACAACUCUAUAUGAUAAUGUUUUGGAAAAAAAGAAAGUAUGCCAACAUAAUAUUAUUAACUCAGCAGAAAUGAAUGCAAAAUCCAUUGGUACACCAGAACAAUUGAAUAUAUCUUUGAAUCAUAGGAAGAUUUUAAGUCCUGAUUCUUUUAUAAACAAUAGUUAUGAAGUGACAGAAGAUGCAGCUAUAGCAAUACCUAUUCUUUCGCCUGAUCAGUUUUUAAGAGAAAAUCAAAUGGUUAUUCAGCCAAACUCAGAAUGUAAAACAGUAUCCUUUUCUUCAGAUGUGAAAUCAUGUAUGUCAACAGCAAAAUUUUUGAAACAGAAAGAAAAGGUGCAAGUUUCCUUUUUUAUGGAACCUCAGCUUUCCACCAAAGCUCCCAGCAAUAUAAAUGAAAGAAAUCCUACAACACAUUGCUAUGAUAAGAUUGAACAAAAUGUCAAAUCCAAGGCAAGUGAUCAAGUUUGCUGCCUUCAGAACAAAAAAAAGCCUUUGCUUUCUAGCACUGUUAUCAAAACUAAACCUAAUCCUGAAGGAAAAGAAACAAAGAUGUUAAAACUAAAAUCUAAAAAAAGUCUUUCUAGUGCAAUCGAGCAUUGUGUGGACAUUGUCCCUAAAAAUGCAGACCUGGACACAUUGCCAAGACUUCCAGUUAUAGAAAGUGUUUCAAAUGAAACUAAAUGUAUCAAAGAUAAAGCCGGAUUCAUUUAUUUGGAAUCAUCUCAUAAUCGUAAAAGAAAAAGUGGAGAAUAUUUAGAGGAUGUUAAGAAUGGAAGAGAAGAAUAUGCAGAAAAUUUAAGAAGAAAAAGAACUUUGAAGUCCUGUGACGGAAAUGGAAGCAAGAGUGCUUUGAAAUUAUCAGUUUCCAAAUCUCAGAAUGGAGAUAAGCAAAAGAAGAGACAUGGUUCUGCAUCACAAAAAUCUAAGAAUUUUAAAAGGACAAAAAAUAUUGUUCCUGUUGCACAGUCUCAACUGACUUUUGUGAAGCCUUUAAAAACAGAUAUUCCUAGGCAUCCAAUGCCUUUUGCAGCAAAGAAUAUGUUUUAUGAUGAGCAGUGGAAAGAAAAACAACAACGAGGUUUUACAUGGUGGUUGAAUUUUGUACUUACUCCUGAUGAUUUUACUCUGAAAACAGACAUUUCACAAGUUAAUACAGCAUGUCUCAUCCUGGGAACAGAGACUUAUAAAACCAGUGUUCCUAAAGCACCAACAAAAGAAGAAGCAUCAUUAAGAUCAUAUACAACUCGAUGCAAAUUAAACAAACUUCGUAGGUCAGCUUGCCGCUUGUUUACCUGUGAUGAAAUGGUGAAAGCAAUAAAAAGGCUGGAGAUUGAAAUUGAAGUGAAACGUUUGCUAGUUCGAAAAGACAGACACCUGUGGAAGGAUAUUGGAGAACGACAGAAAAUCCUCAACUGGCUUUUAUGUUACAAUCCACUGUGGUUGCGCAUCGGCCUAGAAACAAUCUUUGGUGAACUGAUUGCUUUGGAAAGUAACAGUGAUGUGAUGGGUUUGGCAGUAUUUAUACUAAAUCGCUUGUUGUGGAACCCAGAUAUAGCAGCUGAAUACCGACACCCAACUGUGCCUCACCUUUAUCGAGAUGGUCAUGAAGAAGCAUUGUCCAAAUUUACACUGAAAAAACUUCUGCUACUGGUUUGUUUCCUUGAUCGUGCCAAAGUGUCUCGAAUUAUUGAACACGACCCUUGCUUAUUCUUCAAAAAUGCAGAAUUUAAGUCUAGUAAAGAAAUAUUACUAGCAUUUUCCCGUGACUUUUUAAGUGGAGAAGGUGAUCUUUCACGUCACCUUGGCUUCAUGGGUUUCCCUGUUAAUCACGUACAGACUCCGCUUGAUGAAUUUGACUUUGCUGUUACAAAUUUAGCUACAGACUUACAAUGUGGCAUUCGUCUUGUGAGAACUUUAGAACUGCUGUCAUCAGAUUGGACUCUUUCUGAAAAAUUAAGAGUGCCUGCAAUCAGCAGACUUCAGAAGAUGCAUAAUGUUAAACUUGCUUUUGAGGCAUUGAAUAAUCAGGGAAUUCAGUUGAAAGAUGAACAUGGUUCAACCAUUGACACAAAGGAUAUUGUAGAUCGACAUAGAGAGAAAACAUUUGCUUUGUUAUGGAAAAUAGUGUUCGCUUUUCAGGUGAAUAUUUCUCUUGACGUGGAUCAGUUAAAAGCAGAAAUUGCUUUCUUAAAAAACAUGCAAGUUACAAAAUUAAAAAGACCUGAUGUGGAAUGUGUUAACAGCAUGGGAAAUGACACCAGCAGGACUUAUUCAUAUGAAAGCUUUGGUGAAAAUGUAAAACUGCUGAUGGACUGGGUGAAUGUUGUCUGUGGAUUUUACAAUAUUAAGGUGGAAAAUUUCACAGUGUCCUUUUCAGACGGAAGAGUAUUAUGUUAUUUGAUUCAUCAUUAUCACCCAUGUUAUGUACCUUUGGAGGCUAUAUGUAAACACACUACUCAAACAGUAGAAUGUACCAGAAGUGGCACUCUUGGGAUGAAUUCUUCUUCUGAAUCUGAUGCUUCUCUAAAUCUAAUAAAUGGAACUUUUGAUCAAAAUAUAAGUACUUCUGUGCUUUAUAAAGAACUCCUUGAUAAUGAAAAGAGAAAUUUUCAAUUGAUCAAUGCUGCAGUUUCUGAUCUGGGAGGUGUUCCAGCUAUGAUUCAGCAUUCAGACAUGUCUAAUACAAUACCUGACGAGAAGGUAGUCAUUAUUUAUGUGUCAUUUCUGUGUUCAAGACUUAUAAGUCUUUCUAAAGAGAUUCGAGCAGCUCAGUUGAUUCAAUCUGCUUGGAGAAAAUACAGAUUGAAAAUACUUGCUGAGACCAAGAAGCAAAAAUCUAAUGCUGUAGUUGUACUUCAAAAGCACUGGAGAAAAUAUUUGGCUGUUCUGGAACUUCAGAAAUUAAAAAAGGCAAAGCAAGAAGAAACUGAAAGAAUUGCAAUCCAGAGAUGUCAAGAGGCUGUAAUUGUCCUUCAAGCUUGGUACAGAAUGAAGAGAGAGAGGCAGCGGUUUUUAAAAAUGUGUGGAGCAGCAUCUGUCAUUCAAACAUACUAUCGUGCACAUAGAGAAGAAACCUUUCAGAGACAGAAAUUUUUGCAAAUCAAAAAGGCAACUUUGUGUUUGCAAGCAAGCUACAGGGGCUUUAAAGUACGAAGAAUGCUAAGACACCAACACAUGGCUGCUACUAAAAUCCAGGCUACAUACAGGGCUUAUGCUGCUAGAAUGAAAUAUCAAAGUUUGAUUCAAGCUUCCAUUGUGAUUCAGAAAUGGUACAGGACUUCUAAAAGUGGAUCCAAAAUAAGAACAACAUUCCAGGAGACAAAAGCAGCUGUGAUUUCCUUACAGGCAGUUUUGCGUGGUUGGCAAGUGAGAAAAUGGCUUCAGAGGCAGCAUGCUGCUGCAAUUACUAUUCAAUCUGCCUACAGAAAGUAUAAAGCUAUGAAAAAAUUCAGGCUGAUGAGACGUGCUGCUCUUACUAUACAGCAACAUUAUCGGGCUUACAUCUCAAGUAAAAAACAACAACAGGAAUAUAUUGUUCUUUACAAUAGCAUUUUAUUAUUCCAGGCAACUUGGAGAGGAAUUAUUGUGAGGAAGCAAAUAGAAACACAGCAUCAGGCUGCAGUGACUAUUCAGUCCUAUUAUAGGAUGCAUGUGAAUCAAGCUAAGUUUAAACAUUUCAAGAAAGCUGCAAUUACAAUUCAGAGAUGGUAUCAUGCUGUUACUCAAGCCCGUAACACACGACAAAAAUACCUUGCUUUAAAGGAAACAACUGUUAAAAUGCAGGCAAUUUACCGAUGUUUGAGAGAAAGGCGAAAAAUCCAGCGCAUGAAUCAAGCAGCUAUUUGUAUCCAAGCCAUGUUUAAAAUGCAUCGAUGUAAUGUUCAAUAUAGGACCUUGAAAAGGUCAGCUACUAUAAUUCAAGCACGAUACAGAGCUUUCUGCAGAGGACAGAAAGAUCGGAAAAAAUAUCUGGCACUUAGAAAGUCAUCUCUCAUCCUUCAAGCAGCUUACAGAAGCAUGAAAAUUAGACAGGAAUUGAGAAGUAGUCACCAGUGCAUACUAGUUAUUCAGUCAUAUUAUCGAAUGUACAGAGAACGGAAAGCUUAUUUAAAGCUAGUUGCAGCAACAAAAGUGAUUCAGCGAUGGUAUCGUGCUUCCAGAGAUACAAAUGCUCAGAUGUAUAAAUACAAAAUGAUGAAGGUUUCUGCUCUCCAAAUCCAGGCGGCUUUCCGAGGUAUGAAAACUAGAGUCCUUUUGAAAAAGAUGCACAUGGCUGCUGUCAUCAUUCAAAGGAAUUUUAAAGCUUUUGUUCAGAGGCGUAAAUUUAUUUUUCUUAAAUCAGCUGCUGUGACAAUUCAAAGCAGGUAUCGAGCAACAGUACUCUCAAAACGGCAACGUGAGAAGUUCCUUAAUUUGCGUAGAGCAGUGAUUGUAAUACAGUCUACCAUCAGAGGCCUGCUUCUUAGGAGAUAUGUAAAGCAAAUGCAUCUGGCUGCUGCAGUUAUCCAAGCAACCUUUCGAAUGCACAUAACCUAUACUCAAUAUAGAACAAUGAAGUCUGCUUGUAUUGUAAUACAGCACCAUUAUAGAGCAUACCAAACAGUUAAGCAAACCAGAGAUUUGUACUUAAAACAGCGUCACUCUGCUCUAAUUCUUCAGGCUGCUUAUAGAGGAAUGAAAGUGACUAUGUUAAAGAAAAAGCAUGAAGCUGCAGUAGUCAUACAAAGUAACUAUAGAAAACACAGGCAAUGGAAAUCCUACAGAAAUAUUCAAUGGGCAGUCAGACUCAUCCAGGCAAGAGUCAGAGCCAAGCAAGGGAGCAAAAUGGCAGCCCAGCAAUAUUCUUCCAUUAAGAAAGCUACCAUCUGCAUUCAGAAAGCUUUUCGCAGGAUGAAGGCAAGAAACCAAAGAAGACAGGAAGCUGCUAUCUUGCUUCAGCGGAAUUUUAAAAUGCAAAGAGCACGUAAAAAUUACCUUGCCUUAAAAGUGGUUGCUAUAUCUCUUCAGAGAAAGUAUCGAGCAACAGUACUCUCAAAACGGCAACGUGAGAAGUUCCUUAAUUUGCGUAGAGCAGUGAUUGUAAUACAAUCUACUAUCAGAGGCCUGCUUGUUAGGAGAUGUGUAAAGCAAAUGCAUCUGGCUGCUACAGUUAUCCAAGCAACCUUUCGAAUGCACACAACCUAUACUCAAUAUAGAACAAUUAAGUCUGCUUGUGUUGUAAUACAGCAUCGUUAUAGAGCAUACCAAACAGCUAAGCAAACCAGAGAUUUGUACUUAAAAAAGUGUCGCUCUGCUCUAAUUCUUCAGGCUGCUUAUAGAGGAAUGAAAGUGAGGCAUAUGUUAAAGAAAAAGCAUGAAGCUGCAGUAGUCAUACAAGGUAACUAUAGAAAACACAGGCAAUGGAAAUCCUACAGAAAUAUUCAAUGGGCAGUCAGACUCAUCCAGGCAAGAGUCAGAGCCAAGCAAGAGAGCAAAAUGGCAGCCCAGCAAUAUUCUUCCAUUAAGAAAGCUACCAUCUGCAUUCAGAACGCUUUUCGCAGGAUGAAGGCAAGAAACCAAAAAAGACAGGAAGCUGCUAUCUUGCUUCAGCGGAAUUUUAAAAUGCAAAGAGCACGUAAAAAUUACCUUGCCUUAAAAGUGGCUGCUAUAUCUCUUCAGAGAAAGUAUCGAGCAACUGUACUCUCAAAACGGCAACGUGAGAAGUUCCUUAAUUUGCGUAGAGCAGUGAUUGUAAUACAAUCUACUAUCAGAGGCCUGCUUGUUAGGAGAUGUGUAAAGCAAAUGCAUCUGGCUGCUGCAGUUAUCCAAGCAACCUUUCGAAUGCACACAACCUAUACUCAAUACAGAACAAUUAAGUCUGCUUGUGUUGUAAUACAGCAUCAUUAUAGAGCAUAUCAAACAGCUAAGCAAACCAGAGAUUUGUACUUAAAACAGUGUCGCUGUGCUCUAAUUCUUCAGGCUGCUUAUAGAGGAAUGAAAGUGAGGCAUAUGUUAAAGAAAAAGCAUGAAGCUGCAGUAAUCAUACAAAGUAACUAUAGAAAACACAGGCAAUGGAAAUCCUACAGAAAUAUUCAAUGGGCAGUCAGACUCAUCCAGGCAAGAGUCAGAGCCAACCAAGAGAGCAAAAUGGCAGCUCAGCAAUAUUCUUCCAUUAAGAAAGCUACCAUCUGCAUUCAGAACGCUUUUCGCAGGAUGAAGGCAAAGAAACCAAAAAAACAGGAAGCUGCUAUCUUGCUUCAGCGGAAUUUUAAAAUGCAAAGAGCACGUAAAAAUUACCUUACCUUAAAAGCGGCUGCUAUAUCUCUUCAGAGAAAGUACAGAGCAUUGGUUGUGAUGAGAAGACAAACUAAAGAAUAUGCUUCUGUUCGUGCAAAAAUUAUUUUUUUGCAGUCUGUCUAUAGAGGCUUUAAAAUACGGAAAGAAGUCAGAUGCCAGCAUUUAGCAGCAACAGUGAUUCAGGCAACAUUUAAAAUGUAUAAAGUUAAACUAGCUUACCAGAAACUGAGAUAUGCUACUAUCGCCAUGCAGAAGUACUAUCGAUCACAUCUAAAGGAGAAACAAAAAAAUACACAUCAGGAAAUUCAGAAAUCUAUAAUAAGCCAGGUCACUUGCAGAGGAACAAAAAUUCAGCCAGAAUUGGACAUCAUGCAUAUUUCAGCAACUGUCAUCCAAUCUCUUUAUCGGAUGUAUGUACAGCAAAAGCAUUACAAAUUGAUAUGCUGGGCUGUGAUAACUAUUCAAUCUGCCUAUCGUGGAAUGAUAGCACGCAAAAAAACAAAGAAAAUGCGUGCAGCAAGAAACAGGCAGUUGUGUCAUAUAGCUGUGAAUGAUAGAACUGAAGCUAUUGAAUCAAAGAGUCAGUGCCAUACAAAUGAAGUCGGAGAACAAUACCAAAAAUAUUGGAAAGCUGUAGUUUUAAUACAACAACGUUACCGAUCUUACCUGACUAUGAAACAUCAUUCAACGGUUUACUUGCAAACACAUAAGAGAAUAGUUCUUUUGCAAGCUACAGUGAGAGGUUUCAUUGAACGGCAGAGGUUUUCCAGAAUGAAAAGAAGUACAAUAAAAAUACAGAGAUGGUAUCGAGGAAACUGGCAGAGGAGGAAAUACCUGCAAUAUCGUAAGAAAAUUAUUAUAAUACAAAGAAUGGUGAGAAGAUGGAUUAGCCACAGAAAUACAAAUACAGGUGGAAUUCCAAAAGACAUAACCCCCCAAAAUGUUAAUACUGGAAUAACUAAAUUUCAGGCACUGUGGAGAGGAUAUUCUUGGAGGAAGAAGACUGAUACUCCAGAAACCAGAUCUCUGCGAGACAGUUUGAUCAUUGCCAAUAAAGAAAGCAAAGAAGAGAAGAAGCUUUAUAAUAGAACUGCAGUUGCCAUUGAUUAUCUUCUUAAAUAUAAACAUUUUUCUUAUAUUCUGGCAGCUCUGAAAGAUCUUGAGGUGGUUACAAGAUUGUCUCCAGUUUGCUGUGAAAAUAUGGCCCAAAGUAAAGCAGUCUGCAUUAUUUUUACUUUGAUACGGAGCUGCAAUAGAAGUGUCCCUAGUAUGGAUGUUAUUAAAUAUUCUGUCCAAGUCUUGCUUAAUUUAUCAAAGUAUGAAAGGACUACUGAUGCUGUUUAUUCAGUGGAAAAUUCAGUAGAAACACUGUUGGAUUUACUUCAGAUGUACCGGGAAAGACCUGGGGACAAAACUUCAGAAAAAAGUGGUAGCAUUUUUACCAAGACCUGCUGCUUAUUUGCUCAUCUCUCAAAGGACUCAAGAAGAGCUUCUGAGAUUCGAAACAAUCAUAAAACAGUUGCUAGCCUUCGGAGAUUGUUUAAACUUACAGCCCGUAAACAUCAAAUGGAUGUCCAAAGAAUGCGUGCCAAACAAAAAAAAGUUGCAUACACAAAUGGACAGAGUUCCAUUGCUGUAAAAACAAAAAUAGUUUCAAGGCAGAGGCCGGAUUGGGAUUUAAGGAAAGAUAAUAUAAGAGAGAUAGUUGAUCCAUUGCAAGCCAUUGAGAUGGUAGUGUACACACUUGGAAUUUCCUGCAAUUAAAACAUGGAAGAGUUUACAAUUAUGACAUUUUCAGAAAAAAAUGGCCUGGACUUCUUGUAUCAAUGUACAUAUUAUGCAUUUGUUUCAUAAAGCUUGUUUACCUGUGUUUGAACUCAUCUGUCAGUUAAACUAAACUUCUUAUUGACAUUUAUCUGUUGAAUUAAUAAAAUCUCAAAUAUUACUUUUAUAUAAUUUAGAGCUAAGAAAAGUAUAUAUUUUAUACUGUGUACAAUAUAGAUUGUUAUUUUAUACAAUAAAACGGAAAAACUAAGGUU